AAUCUAAAAACUUCUACUUUCCCAAUAACCACAACCCACAUCCACACUCAAACAAACUUCCUCCACGAUUUAAGUCUGAUUAAUCUGGAACUUUCCCUCAAUGAUUUAAGUCUGAUUAAUCAGAGGAGAUGUAAUACAACAGUGGUAGAUCAGAUAUAUGUAGAUCCAUUCACAGUCGAUUAUGUUGAAUUAGUAGUGAUUUAGCGGCAAAGAAGAAAUGGCUGGCUGUGCCGUCAAAGGAGGCUGCCCCACAGAUUACUUGGCCAUUGCCAUAUCCGUCGUCGCUUUCGUUCUGCUUCUCUGGCGGGCAAUUUUUCCAUUUUUGGUUCAUAAGCUUCCUCGUAGUAAUAGCAGUGCCUUUUGGAUUCCUAUAAUUCAAGUUUUCGCUAGCUUCAACCUUCUGUUGUCGAUUGUGAUGUCUGUCGAUUUCAUUAAUUUUGAAAGAAGGCACUGGUGGCAAUCUUGCUAUUUUUGGGCAGGCUGGGUUGAAGGUCCCUUUGGAUUUGGUCUGCUACUAGCCUGUCGCAUAGCGCAGGCCUACCAACUAUACUGCAUAUUUGUCAAGAGGCGACUACCCCUUAUCAGAUCUUAUGUUUUUCUUCUGCUAACUCUAUUGCCAUGGAUUGCUGGGGCUGCAGUUAUCCAUGUAAGGAAGGCUUUUAAUGAUCGGUGUCACAUGGGGACUCUUUGGAUCAUCCCGGCUGUCUCUCUUCAUACAUUGUUUGUUGCUGCUUUGGUUGGAUUCACAGCAGCAAUACGACAUAUAGAAUUCAGAUUUGAUGAACUCAGGGACCUGUGGCGGGGAAUUCUCGUUUUGGCAUCAGCCAUUGGAGUAUGGGUUACUUCUUAUAUUCUGAAUGAAAUUCAUGAUGACAUUUCAUGGCUUCAGGUCGUCUCCAGAUUCUUUCUUUUAAUCGCGGCAAGUAUCCUCAUAGUGGUUUUCUUCUCUAUAUCAAGCUCACAGCCUCUGCUAUCACAAAUUAGUUUGAGGAGAAAAGAUUCAAAAGAGGCUAUAGAAUUUGAAAGAAUGGGUCAGGCUCUUGGCAUACCAGAUAGUGGAUUACUAUUGCAAAGAGAACCAGCAGUUAUAGAUCCCAAUGAGUCGCUGGAUAAGCUUCUCCUUGGCAAAAGAUUCCGUCAGUCCUUCAUGGCAUUUGCGGACAGUUGUUUGGCUGGCGAGAGUGUGCAUUUCUACGAUGAAGUGCAUGAACGUGAUAAGAUUCCUGUAGAUGACUCUGUAAGAAGGAUCUACAUGUCACGACAUAUUAUUGAGAAGUACAUAGUUGCAGGUGCAGCCUUGGAGGUGAACGUAUCUCAUCGAACGCGACAAGAAAUCUUGAUGACUUUGGAUCUUACACAUCCCAAUCUAUUUAAUAAAGCAAUAAAUGAGUUGAUACAACUAAUGAAAACAAACUUGGCAAAAGAUUACUGGUCAUCCAUGUUUUUCAUCAAGUUCAAAGAAGAAGCCCGCAUGAGAUCUAAUGACCAUGAUUUGGAACAACUUGGCGGCUGGAACUUUUCGCCUAGGUUGAGUUCUGUCCAUGGUGUCGAUGAUCCAUUUCACCAAGAACAUUUUCUUAAGGGCUCUGGCCGCGAAAGUGAAGAAUCAGACCAACAGUGAGUCUAAUAUGAACCCUUCUGCAUAUUCAUCAAACGGAUGCUAAUACCGUUAUACUCCAUUAGAUAUAAGAAGGUCCAAAGUAUAAGAUAGAAACCAUCAUGGCAGCAAGUAGAGGAAACAUAUUUUUUAUGUCACACUUUUGUAUAUUGUUGUGGUAGAACCAUAAUUUCUUGAUGGGAGCAUUAAACAUGCAGAGUUGCUUCAGGCCUGUUUGCAACCCAGAUAUCUUUAAGAUUUUCCUUAUAUAAAUUCAGGUAGUUGAGGAAACAUAGUUUAUGUUAUCCUGUGUAUACAGAACGCAACCUUGUGAUAUUAUUGUCAUAAUUUCUUUAUGAAAGUUUGAACUUGCAGAGCUGCUUCA